AUGCAUGCGAGAAUGACCGUGCGAAAAUGCUUCAGGAAUGCGAGAAGAGGGGCUUCUGGUGAGUGCGAGAUGCCUGUUGGUGCCUGGGCUGUGCUUGUUGGUGCCUGGGAUGUGCUUGUUGGUGCCUGGGCUGUGCUUGUUGGUGCCUGGGCUGUGCUUGUUGGUGCCUGGGCUAUGCUUGUUGGUGCCUGGGCUAUGCUUGUUGGUGCCUGGGCUAUGCUUGUUGGUGCCUGGGCUGUGCUUGUUGGUGCCUGGGCUAUGCUUGUUGGUGCCUGGGCUAUGCUUGUUGGAGCCUGGGCUAUGCUCGUUAGUGCUUCGGCUAUGCUUGUUGGUGCCUGGGCUGUGCUUGUUGGUGCCUGGGCUGUGCUUGUUGGUGCCUGGGCUAUGCUUGUUGGUGCCUGGGCUGUGCUUGUUGGUGCCUGGGCUGUGCUUGUUGGUGCCUGGGCUGUGCUUGUUGGUGCCUGGGCUAUGCUUGUUGGUGCCUGGGCUAUGCUUGUUGGAGCCUGGGCUAUGCUUGUUGGUGCUUCGGCUAUGCUUGUUGGUGCCUGGGCUGUGCUUGUUGGUGCCUGGGAUGUGCUUGUUGGUGCCUGGGCUGUGCUUGUUGGUGCCUGGGCUGUGCUUGUUGGUGCCUGGGCUAUGCUUGUUGGUGCCUGGGCUAUGCUUGUUGGUGCCUGGGCUAUGCUUGUUGGUGCCUGGGCUGUGCUUGUUGGUGCCUGGGCUAUGCUUGUUGGUGCCUGGGCUAUGCUUGUUGGAGCCUGGGCUAUGCUCGUUGGUGCUUCGGCUAUGCUUGUUGGUGCCUGGGCUGUGCUUGUUGGUGCCUGGGCUGUGCUUGUUGGUGCCUGGGCUAUGCUUGUUGGUGCCUGGGCUGUGCUUGUUGGUGCCUGGGCUGUGCUUGUUGGUGCCUGGGCUGUGCUUGUUGGUGCCUGGGCUAUGCUUGUUGGUGCCUGGGCUAUGCUUGUUGGAGCCUGGGCUAUGCUUGUUGGUGCUUCGGCUAUGCUUGUUGGUGCCUGGGUUGUGCUUGUUGGUGCCUGGGAUGUGCUUGUUGGUGCCUGGGCUGUGCUUGUUGGUGCCUGGGCUGUGCUUGUUGGUGCCUGGGCUAUGCUUGUUGGUGCCUGGGCUAUGCUUGUUGGUGCCUGGGCUAUGCUUGUUGGUGCCUGGGCUGUGCUUGUUGGUGCCUGGGCUAUGCUUGUUGGUGCCUGGGCUAUGCUUGUUGGAGCCUGGGCUAUGCUUGUUGGUGCUUCGGCUAUGCUUGUUGGUGCCUGGGCUGUGCUUGUUGGUGCCUGGGCUGUGCUUGUUGGUGCCUGGGCUAUGCUUGUUGGUGCCUGGGCUGUGCUUGUUGGUGCCUGGGCUAUGCUUGUUGGAGCCUGGGCUAUGCUUGUUGGAGCCUGGGCUAUGCUUGUUGGUGCCUGGCUCCUGGGCUAUGCUUUUUGUUGCCUGGGGGCUGUGCUUGUUGGUGCCUGGGCUGUGCUUGUUGGUGCCUGGGCUGUGCUUGUUGGUGCCUGGGCUGUGCUUGUUGCACGUGCGCCGCACGGAAAGGCCAUAGCAGUUCUCCCUUUGCAGAGUGGAAGAGUCGAGGCCCACCACACCCGCCUGUGCAUGUGCUGA